AUGAGCUCAGCACCUUACGAAGAGAAAUGUCAGGAAGCAGCCGACCUCGUCACAUAUAAAUCUGAUUCAUCACAAGAUGCCGAUAAGGUACCCGCACAAACAAUCCAACACGAUAAUCUCACCAAUGAAACAAAAAUCGAAAGCAAACCACCACCAAACCAGCCAGACCUAGUCCAAAUAGAGGAAAUGCGUGAAUUACUGAAAAUCGGUCGGGACUGGCCCAACGACAUUGAGCUGGAGAGUCUAAGUCAUUUAAAUGAACAGGGAAAUGGUAAUGGCGAAGGUGAAGGCGAAGGUGAAGGUGAAGGAGACGAAAGUGAUAGAGGAGUGAGCAAAAAAGUCUUAGAGGAAAGAGAAAAGUUAAGAAAAGCAAAGAAGGUUGAGGAUCAAGACAACUUGAGAAGGAAAAAACAGGAGAUUAUGGAGAAAGAACGAGGUCAGAAUAAUAGAGAUUAA